UCAAAAUAAUCCAUAGGACAAUAGCUAAACAGAACUCCAGAGCGAGAGAGAGCGGAGAAGAUUGUUGAGUUCAGGGAGAGAGAGAUCUGAGAUGUCGUGGGUAUGGUUGGAAGCAGCGUUACCUCUGGGAAUCAUAGCCGGAAUGCUCUGUGCUAUGGGUAAUGCUCAGUAUUACAUUCACAAAGCCGCUCAUGGCCGGCCGAAGCACAUCGGCAACGACAUGUGGGAUGUGGCUAUGGAACGGCGCGACAAGAAGCUUGUCGAGAAGGUCUCUGCCGCUGCUCAUAAUUAAGAGAAAACGCAAUUGAAAAAAAAUAGAGAGGAAGCUUUGAAAGUGAACUCUUGAAAGCGGGAAUAAACUGCCAGCAAUGCUGAAGAGCCUCGAGAGCAACUCUGAUAUUGUAUUUGUUUUCUUUGUAUGUGAACUUGGAGGAGCCUCGAACCUUUUGGGAAAAACACACUCUGUUCUCCAUCUUCUUGUAUCUGACUCCUUGAACUUGGUUUGAGAGAGUUUUCUGAUUGAUUUUGAGUUGCUUGUGUCCUAACCUUUUUUUGUCAUGCUUGGAAAUAUUUUAUUGUUAAGAAUGAUGCUUCGAAA